AUGGUCACAGAAAACGCAAACUCUCGAUAUCCGCCUCCGGCUGAAUUUGAUCUGCCCGGCCGGCGCAGAGUACCCCUUCCACCGCGGUUGGAUUCUUUAACGAUUGAUCCGCGCGCGCGACCUUCAAAAUCAACCCCAAGAGGGUCGACUCGCUCUCCCCACUCUCCACAUCGUCCUCCGUAUCAUACACCGGACCCACGUUCGCGUUCUCCUCUCCCACGGUUACGCCUUCCGAAUCAUGAGAACCAAUGGCCGCCGACUUCACCAAGUUUAGGCGCCCCGCCGGGUAGAGACGAAUGGAAAACUCCCCGAUCUACAGCUCGCCCUGCUGUCCAUGCUACACCCGAGACCCAUCCUCCGAACUGGACCUCUCGAGACGGCGAAUUUGACCGACCUAAUUACCGUAAUGCUCCGCCGAGUCGAGGUGGACUCCGCAUAUCUAUGUCAACGUCCCGAGCGAACACGCGUAGACCGCGGACGCAGGAAUCUAUGGAGCGUCGCCCACAGGAACUUGGGCCUCAAGACUUGCCUCGUCCACGAUUCCCGAUUAAUGGGCCUGCUGAUGAAAACGCAGCCCGUUCAAGCAUUACAUCAGGCGAAACAUCGCGCUCCAGUACUGAGCAGGCUAGCGGAACAGAACGCAGCAGUGUCUUGACCAAGAGCAGCUCUUUUACAGAUCUGUCGCCGGACACCCCGGACGCGCCUUAUGGGAUCGAUAGUGGAAUGAGUGUUGAAGACGCGAUCUCUAUGUAUCUCGAUGGCUUCAGCGAUGUGACCGAAGAGCCCCCCUCACCAAAAUCUCAUACGGAAAGUAAAGCGCCAUCAAUAACGCCCCCUCCGUCACGCGAUGCACCACUGGAUGAUGUGUCACCAAGCUUUACACAGUUGGACGAAAUCCCAAUGGUGUCCCCAUUGCCCGAAUCAACACCCAGAGCCACAGACCUCGAGCCCGUGUUGCAAGAUUUGACUUUCUUGCCCAACUUGACAUACUCGGAACCGACACCCUUACAACCUGUUCUUCCAGAAUCCCCACCUGACUUCACGCCUCUUGAACCUGCGCUACUGGAAUUCCCGGAACCCACGUCAUUGGGCCCCAUCACACCAGAGUCUCCGACAUCAGAUCUAACUCAGCCUGAAUCUCCGGUACCUGAAGCUCCGCCUGCACAUCAACGACAGCCCUCGAAGGUGUUUAUCCCAGGAUUAGUACCUCCUCGGUUCUUGCCUGGGAUUGGCCCUCGGGACGAAUAUGGGUUCCGGAAAGCAACCCAAUACGUGACCUUAAAUGAGCAUGAGGCCUGGAAAGGUACUUAUUCAAGCCAUGUGGAACAUCGGAGAUUAAAAUGGAUCGAGAUGCUCAAGGAACACGGGCUGCCAACGGUAGAACCGAUCAAUUUCCCACCGCAGUCGUCCAAGGUGAAGCGAUUUGUGCGCAAAGGCAUUCCUCCAGAAUACCGAGGUGCGGCUUGGUUCUUUUAUGCCGGCGGGUACGAGCAUCUGAACCAAAACAUGGGCCAUUACGAUACACUUGUGGAGCGUGCGAUGAAUUCGCCGAGCAAUGACGACAAGGAGCACAUUGAGCGUGACCUUCAUCGCACAUUUCCCGACAAUCUUCACUUCAAACCGGAGAUGCCCGAACAAACGGAGAACUCUGGGAGCAGUAACCCCAUUUACUCUAAUGUCACCACAGAGACACAAAUGAUCCAGUCCCUGCGCCGAGUGCUGUAUGCCUUCUCGUUGCAUAAUUCCAAAAUCGGAUACACUCAGUCUCUUAAUUUCAUCACCGGUAUGCUCCUUCUGUUCCUGCCCGAAGAAAAAGCAUUCUGGAUGCUACAUAUCAUCGCUUCGGAUUACUUGCCUGGAACCCACGAGAUUAGUCUGGAAGGUGCGAACAUUGACCUCUGGAUUCUCAUGGUACUGCUUCGGGAUACAAUGCCGGGAAUAUACUCGAAGAUCGCUGCAAUGGGAGGUACCCCGUCAGGACGGGGCAAGAUGCCUCCUUUGACAGUCAACUCUCGGCUGCCAGAUAUCACCCUUGGACUGACCAACUGGCUUAUGUCAGUCUUCAUCGGGACAUUGCCCCUGGAAACUACACUCCGGGUCUGGGACGUGUUCUUCUACGAGGGGUCGAAGACCUUUUUCCGUGUCUCGUUGGCCAUCUUUAAAGCCUGUGAACGUGACAUUUUGAGCGUGACAGACCCCAUGGAGGCAUUCCAGGUCGUUCAGACCGUCCCCAAGAAACUGCUGGAUGCCAACGCGCUCAUGGAUGAAUGCUUUAUUCGUCGACACCGAGUUGGCCAAGGUCGCAUUGAAGAGCUCCGCGCUCAACGCCGGGUUGCUGUCCGCGAAGAGAAGCUGCGACGGUCGGUCGCCUUCGCCAAAGGCCAUCUGCAUCCCGCGACAGACGACUUCGCAGGGCGAGCACGUACUCCAACCCCAGGCAUUGAACACCGAGUCGUAGGUUCCUGGCGGCACUUGAAACAACACACAUUCCGUUGA